CCCCAUCGACGCCGCCGCCCCUCGUAGCCCCGCGGCGAUGCUGCUCUGCCCCGAUCCGACCGUCCGGCGGCCGCCCAAGCGGGCGUUUGCUCCUCUCCUCCUGCUGCUGGCAGAGCUGGGCUGCACCUCCCCACCCACGUACCAGUGGAGAGAUGCUGCGACCAAGGAGAAGGUCACCUGCCAGCAGUGCCCGCCGGGGACAUUCGUGGCACAGCACUGCACCAGGGACAGCCCGACGUUGUGCUCGCCCUGCCCCGACCUGCACUACACGCACUACUGGAACUACCUGGAGAAAUGCCUCUACUGCAACGUCAUCUGCGGGGAGCGGCAGGUGGAGGUGCAGCAGUGCAAUGCCACCCACAACAGAGCGUGUCAGUGCCAGGAGGGCUUCCAUGCCGAGUUGGAGUUCUGUGUGCAGCACUCUGUCUGCCCGCCAGGCUCCGGAGUCGUGAAGUUGGGUUCCCCCUUUGAGAACACGCAGUGCCACGUCUGCCCGCGGGGCUCCUUCUCCUCUUCCAGCUCCAGCACUGAGCCGUGCCGGCAGCACCAGAACUGCACGCAGCUGGGGAAGGAGACCAAUGUGCCAGGAAACCAAUACCACGACACCCUGUGCACCUCCUGCAGGAUGGGUGGGAGCAACAGCACGCAGGUACCAGCUCCAGAGGACGAGGAUUGCGAGCAAGCUUUGAUCGACUUUGUGGCAUACCAAAACAUCCCCCUGCGGAAACUGAAGCGCCUGCAGCAGAUCCUGGAACGCACACCCAGAAAGCAGGCCCAGGAGACCAAGGCAGUGGCUCAGGAGAAGCUGCGGGCUGUGCUCACACACCGCAAGCAGGAGAACUCAGCCGUCAUCACGGAGCUGCUGGCUGCGCUCCGGGCCACCAAGCUGACCUCCAUAGAGAAGAAGGUGCGGGAGCGUUUUCUCUCGUAGUGGGAACACAGAAUGGACUUUUAGGGUUGCUUUUUUUUUUUUUAAACCAUGGUUCCAUUAAUUUAUUAAUGUUUCAAAAACGAACUGGAAAGGCAGCGUGGAUGAGUGCUGCGUUGUGCCGUGCGUUGGGUGCUCCUCCAGUGUGCCAGGAGCAUCUGCAAUCCGUCAGCAAAGAACCUCCAGCAGCUCACUGCAGGCUUGAGCCUGGCUUAGUUCUGAGCUCUGUGAGUUUGGGUUUGGGCUGUCAUUGUGUAGCUGGGUUGAUGAGGCCCUUGGAGACAUGGGUGUGGGGUGGUGAUGGGUCAACAGUUGGACUGGAUGGUCUUGGAGGUCUUUUCCAACCUUAGUGAUGAUGUGAUUCUGGGAUUCGUUUGCUCUUGGCACACUGAGAAAGGAGUGGACUGCCUGAGAUAGGCUGUGGGGAAGAUGUCCCUAAAGUUUCCCAGGAAGAGGUUCUGCUGGCUUUCAAUUCAUUUUUGAGCUACCUGAUUUUAUACCAUGUGAGAUGUUUUCUAAAGAAAGAAACCCAAGAAGUUAUUUUAUUACACGA